AUGAAUUUCACAAGAACUACCAGCCUCCAGGCAACCCUCAAGAGCUCAUGCUUUAAGGCUUACCUAGCGAGAAAAGCGGUUCUUUUGUCUCCAAUAGCCUUCUUUUCAACAAAAGCAAGCAAUCCAAGCUACUUCACACUCUUCCCACAAACGUUUCCCAAAGGAGGACCUCCGGAAAGCUCUUUUGUGGUAAAUAACCGAAGCCUCAAAAAGGAAUACCGGAAAUUGCAAGCCGCCAACCAUCCGGAUUUGAUAAAUAACCUGAACAAAAGUGAGAGCGAUGACAAAACAAAGCAUCUAUCUUCAUCUUUGAUUAAUGCCGCAUAUUCGACCCUCAACGAUCCCCUCAAAAGGUCUCAGUAUCUAUUGAAAACAAGAGCAGGUAUUGAUUUAACAAGUGAUGCCGCUGCACAUAAAUACGAGUUCGCUGACAGGGAGAUAUUGAUGCAAAUUCUUGAUAUUCAUGAAAGUUUAGAAAACAUGAAGAACGAGGAGGAGGCAGAAAAGGCGAGGGAUGAAAAUAAGACCAGAAUGAAGGGAAGUAUAAAUAAGCUCACUGCACUCUACGAGAAAAAGCCUAUAAAUUACGACGAAAUUGCCCUAGAAACGAUUAAGUUGAAGUAUUGGUACAAUAUCAAAAAUGCACUCAAGCAAUGGCAACCCGGCCAGCCGGUGAAUCUCACUCACUAA